AUGGACCCUGGUGGCCGACCUGUUGCACAUGUCAUUAGCGACAACUUUAAACGUGGCGAGAAGAAGCAGGACAAAUCUGGGCGCUACUUCUACGAGUGCAAGACGUGUUCGGCCAUCAUCGAACAUCGCGACAACAAACUUCUCAAGCAUCUUGCACACAACUGUGCUGAUGCCACGCCUUCUCAGAAGACUGCUGCCCUACGUCAUCUUGGCUCUGCUUCGCACAAGAAGGGGAAGACUGUGUUCGGGGUUAUACCUCCGGAAUCGGGGUCUGCAGAACCAGUAGCUGGUGGAAUCGUGAACGCACAGCUACAACAGCAUCUAUCCGAUACAGGCGAGGGUGCGGUGGUCACAGUCGGUGGUCAGGGCGAGAAUGUCGUAGCUGUCCGGGCUUCGAAGAAGCGUGCUCGCGGCUCGAUGACGCUCGACGGGUGGAUUGACUACCCCCUUACAGAUGAGCAAAUUCAUGAGGCGAACCUCAGGCUGUUCCGCUUUGUUGUCUCUGCGAACAUCCCCUUCACAGCCGUCGACAACCACUACUUCAUCGAGUUCCUUGCGUUCAUCCGUCCGAUGUACGAGUCGCCCACCCGUUACGUCCUCUCGCAUAGUAUCUUUGAUACAGAGCUUGCGAACAUCUUCCUCUCGGAUCGCGAGCGUCUUCGCAACGAGAAGUUCCUCACAUUCUUGAUUGAUGGAUGGGAAGAUGCGCUCAGGCGUAGCUUGUACGGCUCUCUUGCUGCACGUGUUGGGGAGUUUCCAACUCUCCUCAGUCUCGAGGACCUUACGGGUGGUCGUGCGACUGCGUCGGGUCUGCUCGAUGUCAUGAAGAGGGCCCUUGCACAUAUGGAUCAAGAGAGUGGCGAGAACUUCAUUGCUGUCACGACUGACAAUCCGACGACGAUGCAAGCUUUUCGUCGUCUUGCAAGCAGUGAUGCUAACUAUAGCUGGCUUUUAACCUUUGCUUGCUUCCUCCACCAGACCAACAGCAUCAUUGGCGAGAUUGUCAGCUUCGCUCCGGCUAAGGCUAUCGUGUCCAAGAACACCACCAUUGUCUCGUUCUUCAAUGGCUCGCACUUCUGGGGUGGUCAACUUAUGAAGACAGCUGAAGACCUCAAGCUCGGAGCUCGACAUCUUCGCCAGAACGUGGAUACGCGAUGGUAUGCAGUCUCGCUUCAGAGUCAGAGUGUCAUCGCCCUUCGACAGGCAAUGACCACUCUGUGUGCUCGAGGUGACGCUCAAAGGUCUACGAAUGGCCUCUCUGUUGUCAAAAAGGCUGUUGUCAAUGCCGUUCUUCGCGACGAGUCGUUCUGGCCCCUGAACGAGCAGCUUCUGAGGAUCACCAAGCCGAUAGUCGAUGUUAUCGGCAAUCUCGAAGCUCGCAGCUGUACUCUUGCUGAGUGUGCGCUUGAGCUCAUCUUCUGUGCUCGUACAGUCUCCAAGAUGGUCGCAGAGCCUGGUGACGACCCUGCUCUUCUCGAACACGCACAGACAGUAUUCUCGCGCCGCUUCGCCUUCAUGAUUACGCCCAUCCACGCCCUCGCCCUUUAUCUUCACCCGAUGUGCCGUGCACUUGCCCUCAGCAAAGCGACUGGUGGGGGCUUCUCGUACGACCUCAUGCUCAAAACUGCACUCGGGAUCGUUCAGAAGUGGCGGUUCAAGAAGGGCAGAGCUGUUGCGAAGGCCCUUAUCGCGGACAUGGAGGAAUAUCAGGCCUGUCGUGGUGUUUUUGCAGGUGGCCAGACCGACGCAUAUACCUGGUGGACAAGUCGCCCACUUAUACGGUCCGAACACCCACUCAGGGUCCUCGCCGAGAUGCUCCAUUCUAUCGUGCCACAUUCGGCCGAGAUCGAGCGGCUCUUUUCGCAGCUUGGUGGUGUGCAGACACCGAAGCGAUGCAAUCUGACCGUCGAGAACUUUGAGGGACUCGGCCGUUGCCGUUCGCACUACUCUCGCCAGCUCUGGGAACAAGAUCGCAAGAACGGCAAAUCAGCUCAUCGCAAACACGCGCACAUGCACACGCGCGAGACCCCCGGCAUCAAUGACGAGCUCGUUCGUAAACUUGAUGAGCAGUUCACGCCAGUCGAGCAAGUCGUGGUAGAUGGUGGAGACGAGAAGGGUGACGAAGAAGUGGACUACGCAAUGGGCGAACUUGAGAAAGGAUUUGCGAAGCUGACCGUUCGCCUCGCCGAGGAGGGUGUUGAUAAGGUCGACAUUACGAACCGUGAUGUUCUCAAGGGCGAGAUGUUCGAUUUUUCGCUGCUCGAUGCUGUCAAGCGAGGCGAAGUGCUCAACCCAUACGAAGAAGAGGCUGAAAUUGGUGGUGCUGCUGAUAGCGACGAAGAGUGGGAUAUAGAUGAUGUUGUGCAGGGCUCUAGAUAA